AUGGAUGAUGAAACUAGACUCAAACAUCUUAUCAAAGGGCUCAAUGCAGCAGCUCAACUACAUAUGGAUUUGAAAAGCCCGGACACUACUGAAGAAUUUCUUCAAGCUCUUAUCAAGUAUGAUAAAUGGCAAGAAAAGGAAAAAAUUCAACAGAAAGCUAUCACAUCGUUUGAUCAUUACAGAAAUAUAUCAACAAGAACAAUGCAACAUCCUAUCAUGCAAGAAGAACAAGCUUCUUCAAUUCCACGACAACAAUACAACUACUCAUCACAGCAACCUCGUUACCCACAACACGCUGAACUUGACAAUAUUAUGCAUCCACCAAUUCAAACAACGGCGACACUCGGUGACGGGCGAACCAAUAUUAUGCCCUUAUUGUCACCACCCAAGUGUUCAAUUGCCGUGGAGAAAAUUGAAUUUUUAAGCCACAUCGUUACAGGUGGCAAAGUAGAACCAUCACCAGACAAGGUCAAAGUAAUUGUUGAUAUUGCCUCAUCAAAGACACUCUCACAAGCUAACAAAUUUAUUGGUAAAGUUCGCUAUUAUCGUAAAUUUAUUCGAGAUUUUGCAAAAAUUGCGGUACCUAUUCACAAGGUUACUAAUAAAACACGACCGAAAAAACAUGAAUUUCGGUGGGAUCAACAACAGCAAGAUGCCUUUGAUCAGUUUAAAUCAAUACUGACAAGUGCACCACUGUUCCUCGAUUUUCCAGACCGAUCAGUGCCAUUUAUCUUAUCCACAGAUGCUAGUGUACUAAGAAUUGCUGGAAUACAUCUACAAGAUUUAAUACCACAAAUUAUUGAGAUUCAGUAUCGACGUGGCAUUGACAAUAUCGGACCCGACUAUCUUACUCGAUAUGAUACAAUCGGCACGGAUAAUCAACAACAGUCGCUUUUCGCCAUCACUCGAUUAAUGACAAAACAGGUAGCUCCAAGUGCUUCAUUACCACCAACAGUGACAGAACAAAACUCCAUCACAACACCACCUCUAAGUACAUCCACACCAAUUGCAGAUUUUAGUUCAUAA